ACAGAGUGGUAAUGAGACAGACGUCAUUCUCCCUACUACAAAUCAGAGUACCAUCAAAAUUAUUUAGAAGCUCUUAUUUUAAUGUUUUUGACGUAAAGACUUUUCCUUACUGAUCCACCCGUUUCCUUCCUGACUUUUAUUUUGAAGAUAAUACAAGACGUAAUUGCAAAGUCCGGGUGUUCCUGUUAGUCACAAGCCUUCUGUGUAGUUGUUUGUCCGGCAGUUUUUUCGACACUGUGGAUUUAAAGUGCACGUAGUUGUUUUCAUUUAACGCCGGCAACUUACCUAAGCAGUUUAGAACUGCAAGUUUAGGUGGCGGGUUGAUUUCUGCAAUAUGUGUCAGUUAAGUGAAUUUGUAUUAAUGGACACAUCCAUUGGUUGCAUUCUGCUCAUGGUCGCCGCCGUCUAUGUAGUCCUGCAGGUGUUUCGUUUCAUCUUCGCGGAUGCCGACUUUACAAUGCUUUGGGCUGCCUCUUUUGGAAAAAAGCCUGAAUCUCAACUGAGGGGCCGGGUUGUGUGGAUUACUGGAGCGUCCAGCGGCAUUGGGGAAGAGCUGGCCUACCAGCUGGCCCAGAUUGGUGCUCAGCUGGUCUUGUCAGCACGCCGACAGAAUGAGCUGGAGAGAGUGAAGCUAGAAUGUUUGGGACGGUCCAGACUACAGGAAGAGGAUAUUCUUGUUCUUCCACUUGAUCUCCUGGACAGGAAGUCUCAUGAGGCAAAAACAUCAGCUGUACUUAAGCAUUUUGGAAAAAUCGACGUGCUCAUAAACAACGGUGGACGCAGUCAGCGAUCACUCUGCCUGGAGACCAACAUGGAGGUGUACCAGGCCCUUAUGGAGCUCAACUUCCUGGGCACGGUGUCAAUCACCAAGCACGUGCUUCCCCACAUGGUUCAGAGGGGAAUGGGCACUGUGACCACAGUCAGCAGUGUCGUAGGCAUCGCAGGGGCACCCCUGGCCACUGGCUACGCCGCCAGCAAACACGCCCUGCAGGGCUUUUUUAAUUCGCUGCGGAUAGAGCUGGCUGAUUCCCCAGGGAUCACCAUCAGCACUAUCUGUCCGGGACCAGUGCAAUCACAGAUCGUCCAGAACGCCUUCACAGAGAAGCUGAGCAAGUCAGUGUCGCAGGCCGGAGAUCAGCAGCACAAAAUGACAACCUCUCGCUGCGUUCGACUUAUUUUGUGUGGAUUGGCUAAUCGAGUGAAGGAGAUGUGGAUCGGCCAGCAACCAUUUCUGGUGUUUUUCUAUGUGUGGCAGUACACACCCACCCUAGCCUGGUUUGUGACAGGUAGACUGGGCCAGAAGAGGAUUAAGAACUUCAAGGCUGGACUGGAUGCAGACACUGCUUACUUCACAAAGCCAAAAGUCGCCUGAAGGCCUGUGGUGGCAGUCUGAGGCUCUGUGUCUUGAUUUGAUGUCACAUCUGCUGAAAUAUUUGAUUCCUAAUUGUAUUAACCUAGUCCAAAUGACACAAAAACAUUCUAAAUCUACCUUCGGGAGUGUUCACAGUAUCAUUGCAAUUCAGUGUGUUUACACCCUAACAAAAUGAUUAGAUGUUCUGUACACACUAUCUCUAAAAAAAAAAAGGAGAAGCAUUUUUUUUUUGAAAAAACUUUUACUGUAAUAAACUGUACAUACAAUAACAUUUUACAGAAAUAAAUUGUAUUUAUACAAGG